AUGUUCCCUUUGCCUAUGUUCACCCCGGAACAAGUGGCUCGGGUGUGCGAGAACCUCGAGGAGACCGGCGACAUCGAGCGCCUGGGGCGGUUCUUAUGGUCCCUGCCUGCCGCUGUCCCUGGCUCCGCCGGGGAGGCUCUCAACCGCCACGAGUCAGUGAUGCGCGCCCGGGCGUUGGUCGCCUUCCACGGAGGAAACUUCGAGGCGCUUUACCAGAUCCUCCAGAGCCACCGCUUUACGCGCGAGUCUCACGCGAAACUCCAAGAUCUGUGGCUAGACGCGCAUUACCGCGAGGCGGAACGGCUCCGGGGCCGUCCCCUGGGACCCGUGGAGAAGUACCGCAUCCGGAAGAAGUUCCCACUGCCUCGCACCAUCUGGGACGGCGAGCAGAAGACGCACUGCUUUAAGGUGAGACACCAAGCUGUAAGUAAUAUUAUUUCGCACCAUAACUAUAGUUACGCACCUUCACCAUACAUAUAUGCCCAUUUACACUAACUGGCUAUAAAUGAUAAAUCAACGAAAACCGUAACAUAUAUCUGACUGUAACCAAUAAUUUAUAUAGCCUACUGGGCUGACUCACUGUUAAUUGAUCAUUUGUAAAAUAUUUUGAAAUUCUUUCACUGAAACAUCUGAAAUAACUUCAGAAGGUCCCAUUAUGGCACCUUCACAUAUCAAGUCCCCAAUAGUUCCUGAACUCUUCAGUUGCUAAUGACACUGAGUCACUGACAAAGGUUUUCCCUUUUUCUCCAGCCCUGAUCUCUGUUAACUCAGACAAUAGAUAAUUGGGUCAAUGCCCUCCUGCAAGGUUAGGUUAGACAUAGUACAUCAGGUAAGAGGCUGUAGAUUAUUUACAGUUGAAGUCGGAAGUUUACAUACACCUUAGCCAAAUACAUUUAAACUCAGUUUUUCACAAUUCCUGACAUUUAAUCCUAGUAAAAAUUCCAUGUUUUAGGUCAUUUAGGAUCACCACUUUAUUUUAAGAAUGUGAAAUGUCAGAAUAAUAGUAGAAAGAAUGAUUUUUUCAGCUUUUAUUUCUUUCAUCACAUUCCCAGUGGGUCAGAAGUUUACAUACGCUCAAUUAGUAUUUGGUAGCAUUGCCUUUAAAUUGUUUAACUUGGGUCAAACAUUUCGGGUAGCCUUCCACAAGCUUCCCACAAUAAGUUGGGUGAAUUUUGGCCCACUCAACUGGUGUAUCUGAGUCAGGUUUGUAGGCCUCCUUGCUCGCACACACUUUUUCAGUUCUGCCCACACAUUUUCUAUAGGAUUGAGGUCAGGGUUUUGUGAUGGCCACUCCAAUACCUUGACUUUGUUGUCCUUAAGCCAUUUUGCCACAACUUUGGAAGUAUGCUUGGGGUCAUUGUCCAUUUGGAAGACCCAUUUGCGACCAAGCUUUAACUUCCUGACUGAUGUCUUGAUAUGUUGCUUCAAUAUAUCCACAUAAUUUUCCUUCCUCAUGAAGCAAUCUAUUUUGUGAAGUGCACCAGUCCCUCCUGCAGCAAAGCACCCCCACAGCAUGAUGCUGCCACCCCCGUGUUUCACGGUUGGCAUGGUGUUCUUGGGCUUGCAAGUAACCCCCUUUUUCCUCCAAACAUAACGAUGGUCAUUAUGGCCAAACAGUUCUAUUUUAGUUUCAUCAGACCAGAGGACAUUUCUCCAAAAAGUAUGAUCUUUGUCCCCAUGUGCAGUUGCAAACCGUGGUCUACCUUUUUAAUGGCGGUUUUGGAGCAGUGGCUUCUUUCUUGCUGAGCGGCCUUUCAGGUUAUGUCGAUAUAGGACUCGUUUGACUGUGGAUAUAGAUACUUUUGUACCGGUUUCCUCCAGCAUCUUCACAAGGUCCUUUGCUGUUGUUCUGGGAUUGAUUUGCACUUUUCGCACCAAAGUACGUUAAUAUCUAGGAGACAGAACGCGUCUCCUUCCUGAGCGGUAUGACGGCUGCGUGGUCCCAUGGUGUUUAUACUUGCGUACUAUUGUUUGUACAGAUGAACGUGGUACCUUCAGGCGUUUGGAAAUUGCUCCCAAGGAUGAACCAGACUACAAUUUUUUUCUGAGGUCUUGGCUGAUUCCUUUUGAUUUUCUCAUGAAGUCAAGCAAAGAGGCACUGAGUUUGAAGGUAGAUCUUGAAAUACAUCCACAGGUACACCUCCAAUUGACUCAAAUUAUGUCAAUUAGCCUAUCAGAAGCUCCUAAAGCCAUGACAUAAUUUUCUGGAAUUUUCCAAGCUGUUUAAAAGCACAGUGUAUGUAAACUUAGUGUAUGUAAACUUCUGACCCACUGGAAUUGUGUCUGUCUGUAAAUAAUCUGUCUGUAAACAAUUGUUGUAAAAAUUACUUGUGUCAUGCACAAAGUAGAUGUCCUAACCGACUUGCCAAAACCAUAGUUUGUUAACAAGAAAAUUUGUGGAGUGGUUGAAAAACGAGUUUUAAUGACUCCAACCUAAGUGUAGGUAAACUUCAGACUUCAACUGUGUAUAGCGAAACUAAUGAAUGCCAUGGUGUUUCCCACAGAGAUCCUAUUCAAUUAUUUUCUAUAAUGUAAUUUUAUAGUGUUUCACUUUCUACAAUUUACUGCUUUGAGUUUGAUGGCAAAGUUUUUCACAGGGUAAAGUGUCAAACAGGACAUAUCUUGUCUGUAGUAAUACGGCUGAACAUGUCACUUCCUUUACUGAGUGACAGAGCAAUACAUGACAGUCUACGGUCUCUCUGCUGAACCACUGGAAAUAUGCAUCAGCGUCUUUGUGUGGAUUCACAAAACAUUAUUAUUAUUUUUUUAAUGGCCUUCCCAACUUUCACCAACCUUAUGACUUACAGGCUAAAUGUUAUAGCCGAGAAACAAGCAACGUCAGCCAAAGCAAGACUCAUUAGGCUACACAAAAUAUAUAUUUGGUUUUUAAAGUAUAUUCAAACUUGUUUUAAAUCUAAAUCUCAACAUGGAAACAACAUAGGUGAAUGCCUCUGCUCUUCAACCUUAGCCUGGGUCUUUUUGUGACAACAAUCCAUUCCUCAUAUGACACGGAGUACAAGGGGGGGAAUGUUAGCACAAAUCAGGUCUAGAUUUCAGGCUACUUCAACCUGCAGUAAUCCUGUGGUUAAAGAGCUCCAUAAGAGCAUGUUGAAUGAGGACUGUGCUGCUAUAGGCUAAAGGCUGUAGUGCAUGUGUUAUGUCCCAAAUGACACCCUAUUCCCUAUACAGUACACUACUUUUGACCCAAGCUCUAUGGGCCCUGGUCAAAAGUAGUGCACUACAUAGGGAAUAGGGUGCCAUUUGGGACGUAACCAUGGAGGGAGUCAGAUAGCUAUAAGCCUUGCGUGUCAGAGACCACCCGUGGUAGUAUAAACUGAGCUCCCUUUUACUCUGGAGUUUCCACCAACUCACAGCAGUGAGCAAUCACCUAGCCUGGGAUAGAAUUGAAUAACUUUAUUUUCCUGCAAGGGAACUUCUUUUUGGAGUAGUUCAGAAGAAUAACUAACAUAAACAUAGUAGGUUAUGCUACAAAGUAGAACUAGCUACUAGGCUACACUUGGUUACACAAAUAGCAGAGGACAGGACAACGAUAAUACAACAGCCAAAAUAAAGUACCACUUUUCUUGGUGCUGGAUGGCCAGUGUCUUUGAUAUUUGCUUAGCAGGCGAUUACACUGAAUACCGCACCCUUUCACUAUUGAAGUGAAACAGUAGUGAAACAGAGAGAUAUCCCGUUUUGUAUCCCCCCCAGGCUACUGUAGCAGUCAACUGCACUCCAACGGAAAUGAGUGUGUCGCAAAUGCAGUGGUCUGGGAACCAAGAUGACAAUCACUAGGUCUAGCGGGAAAUGUUGGGAUUAACAGUGUUUUGCCUUUUGGAUGUCAGUAUAGACAUCAUCAGUUAUCUUUGGAAAACAAAAAACACAGGCAUAAGUCAUCCCCAUUCAUGUUAACCAUUGCAGCAUUUUGGUUGCUUCACUGAUAUGUAAAAAAUCUAAAUGGACUUCAACCAACAAAAUCAUAUGAAAUCACUUGCGUCAGGGAAGGGAAUAGGUCAUUUUAGAACAUACAGUAGCUACACACAGCAUAAAAAAAGAUCCAUGACUGACUGAGUAGCCUUAGACUUAACCCUGGACAGAUACACACUUCGAGCAGGUCACAUUUCCACAGAAACAACAUAAUCCCUGUGUGUCACUCUCUGGCCCAGGAUGUUGUUGACAAGAUUGAAUAGGUAAAGCCUGUGCAAGACCAUUAGGUGAAGGGUCUGAGGCUGAGCACUGACUUUUGCUAUAGAGUGUACAGUAGGUCAGUGGAAUGUCCCUACUCCCCCGUUACAUUCCCUAUUGUGGUAGAGUCAGGUACUGCAUGUAAAUAAUCUGUCUGCCGCACAAGUAUAAACCUCUACUAAUCGUAAGGCUCCUAGCCCUCUCUCCAGUACUAAACCCUUUUAUCCUGAGCCAAUAUACAGUAUAGCAUCUUUAUGUUGAUAAUGUAGAUUAUAAUUAUUAUCCCUUAAAUCCAAUUUAAUACGAUUAUUUUCAGCAUGGCUUAGGUCUCCUGCAGGAGAUCUUCUCUUAACAAUAUCAAUGGAGUAGCCUAAUGAAGAUAUCACACCCAUAUACUGCAUAUGUCAUAUCUGAUUGUGAAAUAUAUAGCUUAUUAGGAACACUGUUGGUUACAUGAAGCAGGGAAGUGACCAUUGUUGUGUCCUUUAUGUCUCUAAGGAGAGAACUCGUAGCCUGCUCAGGGAGUGGUACCUCCAGGACCCCUACCCAAACCCGUCCAGGAAACGGCACCUGGCCCAGGCCACGGGACUCACGCCCACACAGGUCGGCAACUGGUUCAAGAACCGACGCCAGAGAGACAGGGCCGCGUCGGCAAAGAACAGGUAUGUCAAGACUCAAGUCAAGGCAAGAGAGGAGGCUACUCAGCUCGAACCUUUGACUUGCUGUGUCUUGUUGAAUAUGUUCUACAUUGAAAAAUUAAGCAAUUUAUCAAAAGACUGCUUAUUGAGUGUGAGCCAAUUUAUUAUUAUUUUACCUCAAGACCUCAAGACAAAAGCACCACGAUUAGUCACAGAGUGUACCACUUAGGUAACACUUCAACCAACCAUGAAUCUCUAAAACUAACUUCACUAUCUCCUUCACCCUGUUCCCAGACUGCAGCAGGAUCCCACCCACCUGCCUUCUGGAUGCUCCCCUGAAGGUUCUGUCCAGGAGCACCACGCUCACCACCCCCGCCUGCUGGCCGCCUCCCCCCGUCACCCGGGCAGCCCCGAGGCCAGCGACUGCAGCACGGGCACCGAACCCUUGGGCACCGGAGCCUCCACCCCCGACAUCUCUGUCAGCAGUGACAGCGAGUUUGAAUCCUGAGGUUUGGGUCAUUGAGCACAGCUGGAGAGAGGCCCUAAUUGGUUGACUCCUGAAGAGAGAUGUUCUGAUUGGUCCUCAGCCAGGAAGCCCCGGCCCCACAGAUAUAGAGACAAUAUUGACACUGUAGAACUACUAUCUGUCUGUGAGUUGGGAUUGGACACUUUGACGAAAGACUUGAUAUGGACACUUGAUGUGGUUGCUAGUGGAAGAAUGGG